UUACAUUCACCGGAAGUUUACUAAUCGUCAUGAAAAAAUGAACACGUCAAAAUAGCAGAAGAGAUUGAAAGAGGGAUAGGGUAGAAAAAACAUCUGAUUAUCUAGUCUAAAACAAUGCAGCAAAACAUACGCGAAGGACAAAAAGACAAUGGCAUUGUGGAUUCAUGGUGGUACAAAUAUCUCCUGAAGGGGGUCGGAACACUGGGUGGUCUCCUGGCCAUACUAUUUGGACUCUUUGCAUGCAUCACCUUCACAGCUAUGUGUUUACUGGCUGGAGUACUUCAGAUGGUGGCUGGCUUCAUUGUUGUUCUGUUGGAGGCCCCUUGCUGCUGUCAGUUUGUGGAAUUUGCUGACAAAAUCAGCUCAUUUUCAGACAAGCGACCUGCCUGGCAGAAAGCCGUUUUGUACUGUUUACUUGGUCUGGUGCCUAUAGCAGCCUGUAUCGAGGCCUGGACAGUCCUAGGCGCCGGUCUGGUCUUUGCCUGUGGAGCAUUGUAUGGACUGAAAGCUGUCGGCAAGAAGGGUGACCGGGAGUCUAUGAUGGCAGCGGCGAGCGGGGCAGACCAGGAAAUGACAGUCCAGCUGAUUCACAGCGAGGGUAAGGCCGAUCUACAUGUCCCCGAUAGCCCCUCCAUCCCCUGAACUAACCCUGAGGACACGCCACUGUCUCAAGCGUACAGCAAGGAUUUUACAAGACGGAUUAAUAAGAUACAGAACUACAUAUACUGAAAUGAUUGCAUUCUUGUAAACAAAGGAUAGAAGUGAUCCUUAAUCUCUCCUGUGUUCAAGACAACAGCAAAUCUGUAGAUCUGAGUCAUCAGCAAGCUUUGUUUGUUCAUCAUCAUCAUCAUCAUCAUCAUCAGCAUCAUCUUCUUCUUCAGUUCUGGUUAUUUUUUGCAUCAGUGAAAAUUAGAAUGAAAGUGUAGUCAAGAAUUGAAUGAGAACAUGUCCCUUGUUUAAGUUAAAUGCCAAAAGUUUAAAAUUUAUAUGACUGAAACAUUCUUUUGACUUUUUGCAAACCUAAUUUAGAUUGAUUCCUUCACACUCUAAAAGUUCAGUAUUUUAUGGGUCAUUUCAUAAUAUGAAAUGACCCAUUAAAUAAAAGAGUGAUGUAGUAAAGAUGCAGUUUCAGUUAGAAUGGUCAUUCACAGUAUUUUUGCAAUCAUAACGCACAGUUUUUAAAAGGAAAACCCAUUGUGAGUUAUGUUACACAAGUUGUAAAUCCUAUGACAUAUCAUUGUUUAAAAAAUCAUCUUGCCAUAAAAACUGACCAAUAUUUCAUUAUCAGACAACCUUAUUUAUCACAAAAUUCCAAUGUACACAUUAAACUGAAGAAACCGUAUACUAGUACUUGUUUUGAAUGUACUCGUUAUUCGUGCACAUUUCAGUUUAACUGAACAUUAUUGUUAUUGAUGGUUGUAUAUAGACAGGUUGUUAUAUUUAUUCUCCACUAUGCCAGAAUGUAUAACAUGUAUACCAAUUUGAUGUAUUAUUUAUCUUAAAGGAUUAGCUCCCUGAGGUACCUAGAUAGAAAAAUAUGUAUGCAUUGAAUUACAGAGUAGCAAUAUAUUAUAUUGAGUAUUUAUGUUUGUCUACAUUAGAUCUCAUGUUCCUGUUUUGAUAUUAAUGUGUUUUGUUUGUUUAACAAACAAGUUUGGAUGAACUGGUUAUUUUUAUGUCACUGGUUAUUGUACCGGUAUCUUAAGAUGUUACUAAAUGUUGUAGAUUGUUACACAUGAUUUGUUUAAUUCCAGUUUUAUUUUCCUGUUAUUUAUUUGUUUAAUGUGUAGUGUGAUAUUUAUCAGAGUUCAUUAAAAUCAACAAUUUAAAAAAUGAUACCUACUGCAUAUUAAGAACCUUUUUAACAAGACCUUGGACUUUCAGUAGAAUAUGUAACAAUCCAUUUCUUGCGUCAAAACAAGUUAAAAUGACACUGGUUUCAAGCGAAAUAUACACUGAAUGUGUAGUCUUUGCUAAAAAGGCAGACAAAUCCUGAUGAUUUCAAAGAGCCAUGGCCUACAAUGAAAUAGACAGGCCAACAUCACAUUGCUGUAUGACACAACUACCUAAAGUCCAAGCUCUUCUUAAAAUGGUUCUAUUAGAUUUUUAUUUAUUUAUUUGUACAUGAGCAUAACACAUUAAUGUUCGUGGGGGACCAAUGUUCGUGACUUUCGUGGGUAACCCUUGCCCAUGAAUUUACAUCGCCAUUAUUAAAAUUAUCCCGAACUUCUACCAACGAAAUUACGUCCCCACACACCAGGAAAAUUUUUGUUACCCACGAACAUUGAUCCUCAUGAAUAAAAAUGAAUUUUACUUCAAUAUAAGUAAUAACAAACUUUGAUAUUAUAAUAAAUGUAUGUAUAAAAGCAAAUUUAUUCAUGUGUUGAAAACAAUUAUCUUUUAUAACAAUUAUUUUGAGGUUACACUAUUAAUUAAACAAAUAUUGAAAUGCAUUAAUUGUUGAGGGUAAUAUUGAUGUUAGCUCUUGUGGGAUGAAAUAUUACCCAAUGCAAAGCUGAAUUGAACUGUAAUUUGAUUUUAAAAUUUCACAAAGUACAAUUCUAUACUAAAAAUUAAUUUUAUUGUAAGUUAUCAAUGCUAAGAUUUUUUGUUUUGUCGAACAGUGUUGUACAUUAAAUAUGUAUAUCAUAAAUGCUAAUUAAUACCCAUGGUUUAUCAUUUUCAUGGAUCAUAACCAAACAGAUUAUUGCACAGUUAAUAAAUCUAUGUAGAAUUGUCUUCGGGUAGUAUGAAAGCGUGGAAUGUUGUUAUAAAUGUAGGUAUACAUGUAUAUGUAACAGGUUAAGUUUAAUGGUGCAAUACUAAGUAUUAAAUGUUACUUGAAAUCAA